UUUAAUACAUAGUUAUGUUGUACAUAGUGCUUUGAAACAUACUUUUAAAAAGCUUUCUUAGCAUUUUCCUCAUACUUUAAGUAUCUUUAACUACAUCAUUUUUAAUAGCUGCAUAACAUUCCUCAUCACAAAGUGGGGUAAUUAAAGGUACCUAUCUCAAAGGGUUAUGCCAUGAGCACUGACAAGUUAUGUUAUGUAAAGCUACCUGGCAGGUAAAAAGCUCAGUAGACUUAGCUCUUCUGCAGGAUGGAAGUAUAUAACCGACCUUCUUUUGCUGAGCAUUGGAAUUAUUUCCAUUUUUUUGCUAUUGUAAAUAACGCUAGGCUGCAUUAAUCUUUGCUCAUAUCUUUGGUCAUUUCCUUAGUAAAGUUCGGGACUGCUGGAUAUGCACAUUUUACAAUUUACCACCGUGCAGUUAGGGAAACAGAGAGGGAAAGGGGCUAGCCCGGGCUCACAUAGCCAGCUGCAAAGUCGGAACUAGGGACUAGGUGGGGCCCCUAAAUGGUGCCAUAGUCUGUUGGGGACCAGGAGAAAGUCCUGGCAGAGAAAAGGAAAUAACUAGGCUCCUGAGUUGCAGCGGCCAAGGGAAGAACAGGCCGGAGGGGUUGAGCCGGGGCGGAGCUGGGCUGCUGGGGCUGGACGCGCUAUCCCUGGGCUGAAGCUAAGCGGUCGCCUGGCAACCCGGAUGGCGCGGCGUUCGAACGGAAGCGAGGAACCAAUCAGGAUGUCCGGGGCAAACCAUUCCGGCGACGGGGGGAGACUGGCGAACUCACUUCCCCUUCCUCUGCGCCCCCCGGGCCUCCGCUCUGGUGGGGGCCUGGGGACAGUCAGGUACCCCGUCCACCUCGGGUGCGCAGAGCAGUUCCGAAGACGCCCCUGCGGGUCCUCAUGCGGGGCUGGGGCCUUCCGAGCAGCGUUGGGCGCGGCCAUUCCAACCUCGGGUCGGAGCUGUCAGCCUCUCCAAGACCCGUAUUGGAGGAGCCAGGACUCUCCUAGCGCCGGCUCCAGCCGUUGCCGGCGUCCAGCUGCCAACUUUCUGCCUGGAUCUGGCUCCUCAUUUCUCCGGCCUUCCCAGACCAAAGCCCUCAGGGUAUGUAACAGCCAUGCCUGUGGACACACUGACUCCGGGAGCCCGGGACACCCCUGCCCUACCUUUCCGCCUGCGGACCAAAGUCCCCGGCUACCUGCUACGGCGGCCAGCAGAUGGUGGAGCCCGGAAACCCAGUGCUGUGGAGCGCCUGGAGGCUGACAAGGCCAAGUACGUCAAGAGCCUGCAUGUGGCCAACACCCGCCAGGAACCUGUGCAGCCCCUGCUGUCCAAACAGCCACUCUUCAGCCCUGGGACGCGCCGCACGGUGCUCACGCCUAGCCGCCGAGUCCUGCCUGGCCCUGGCCGCCGGCCCCAGCUGGACUUGGACAUCCUUAGCAGCCUUAUCGACUUGUGUGAUAGUCCCGUGUCCCCUGCCGAGGCCGGCCGUACCCCUGGACGGACAGAGGGAGCCCACCAGGCGCCCCCAGCCACCCCCCCACGCCCACCGCCCAGUACAGCUGCGGUUCGCCGAGUGGAUGUCCGUCCCCUGCCUGCCUCACCUGCCCAGCCCUGCCCAUCGCCAGGCACUACCACUGCCUCCAGCCCGGCCCGCCCCCCGGGUUUGCAGCGCUCCAAGUCGGAUUUGAGUGAGCGUUUCUCGCGGGCAGCGGCCGACCUUGAGCGAUUUUUUAACUUCUGCGGCCUGGACCCGGAGGAGGCAAGGGGGCUGGGAGUGGCCCACCUGGCGCGGGCUAGCUCAGACAUCGUGUCCCUGGCCGGGCCCAGCGCUGGGCCCGGCAGCUCUGAGGGGGACUGCUCCCGCCGCAGCUCUGCCACUGUUGAGGAGCGGGCGCGGGAGCGGGAGCGCGUCCCCUAUGGCGUGUCGGUGGUAGAGCGUAACGCCCGCGUGAUCAAGUGGCUGUACGGGUUGCGGCAAGCGCGCGAUACCCCAGCAGCUGAGGGCUAGACUUCCACGGGACGCUGCAUUUGCCACAGACAGAUCUUAGAGAGGCAACUGGCCCCUUGACCUCUUCUGCAUCCAUUCGUGGGCUUGGGGCAGACCGGAGGCUGCUGCCUUGUGUGAACUUGGUGUGGAGGCGGAGCCUCCGAGGCGGGACCAGCAUCCACCUGGCAAGGACUGACUCUGGAGAGAGUUGCCUCUUGACCUUGGGCCACCGUCUGCCCUUCACAUGUAGAGGUUUUGACAUGAGUCCUACUUGGCUCUUAUUGUGGGUUUGGAUUUGGGGCACUUAGCCUUCUCUACCGAGAGUGAGGGGCCAAAGGAUCUUACUAGGCCUAGCGGUUCUGUUUCCUUCUUCCUUGGUCUCUGACGUUUGCUGACUUCCUCUUCCUCUCCCAGGGGGCCCUGGUUCCCUGGGAACUUACUCUGGGUGGGGGCAGGGCCUUGGCAGCCUGGCCUAGGUGGGUAGACUACAGGAGGGACUGAUAGGAGUCUGUACUGCCCUGACUCCCCCCCUCCCCCCAACUUUGGUUAAUAAACACAAAUGCUUGUUUUUCAAAGGCUGGGUCAUCAGACUCUUCUGUGUUCACAAGGAGAAGGGGUGGGAGAGGUCUUGGGGUGGGACCUUCAGAACUUAGUAAUUGUUCACCCCAGGAUCUGGUGGGGGCAUGAGGUCAGUGGUUGGCCUGGCCUAAGACUUGCCCCACAGGGGAUCCUCAUAACCCCUCUGGGUAGCUUCUGGGCCUCCUUCACGGAGGAGGACUGGGUCUGGCCACGGAGUGAGUCUGGAUAGAGCCGGGACAGGUUUUUUCCCCUGCACCAGGAAAGUGGGGGACCUUCAGGGAAAAGGCUGAUGGGUACAGGGAUCCUUCCCUAUCCCUGCCCUGUUCCCAAGGGUGCAGGAAGCUCAAAGAAUGCAAACUCUGAACUUGAGGUGACACAGGCUGUAGAUUGGGGUUUGGAAGUAGGAGUUCUCAGAGGAAGACGGACUUGGGGUGGACAGCACAAAACAAGUGGCCUCGCCUCCAAUUCUGGGUGACCCUGGACAAGCCAGUCUCCCUCUCUGGGCUUCAGUGGGAGAAUGGGACAAGUCCUCAGGGGGCUGGGGGAAGGGGAAGGAUGCGGCUUUGAGGUCUCAGUUCCUUCCUGUCUCCCUCCGGGCUAGUUCCCCGUUGGGAGCCUCCACCUUGGCUGGUGAUACAGCCAGGGCCGGGCACACAAAGGGUGAAAGCCUGGGUGGCCUCUGCCCACCCCCGGGGUGGGAGUGGGGAAGGGCUGGGUGGUGUUUCCUCUCCUGCAGGCCGUGUUGGCUGCAGCACUCAGAAACAGGAAGCUCAAAUGGGGGCCCUGGUGACAGGUUUGAUGUAAGUUUUAUUUUAAGCAUAAAGAGGAGAUUUCCGUUGGGCUGUUGACAAACAUCCAGGUCAGCCCAGCUGUUUGUCUGUCUGUCUGUCUGAUCGUCUACAAUCAGCCCCAGGGAAUUGGGUUGGACCUGGGUGGUUCAGGGAAACAAGGGAAAACUGGGUUAUGGAAGAGAGUGGCCAAGCUCAUGAGAAUGGAGUCUACCUCCUCGUCAUACAGACGAGGAGUCUGAGGCACCGGGAGGACUAUAACCUGCCUGCAGGCACCUAGCAGGUCUGACAAUGCAGGAGUUGAGCCUUCUGGUCCCCAAGUUUAAAGAGUGAGGGGUCAGGAGGAGUAAUCUGGGCAGGCUCUGCAGAGGAGGUGUCCUUUCAGAUGUCAAAGAGCAGCUCCUCUGGUCAUCCUGGCCAGAAUUCUGUGCUAAGUGUUGCCCCUUGCUGUCAGCUGCCAGCACCCCAGAAACUCAAGAAAGUGGCUAUGGUGGCUGCAUGUUAGAACACAGUACUGGUGGGUGAUGGGCCAGGGGACCCCUUUGUUCCUGGAGGAGGUUAAGUCCUAGGCGCAGACCCUUUGCGCUCAUCCUGUCACUGAAACUUCAAGGUGACCUUUCCACGGUCUUAGAACUAGAGGGAUGGUGGCUUGGGGACUGUCACAGAGCAGGUCUACACUCCAGCCUGGGGUCACACCUGGGCCUGCUGCACACCCCACAGUCAGGGGGCACUCUGGCUCCCUGAUUCUCCUGACACAUGCCUUACCCCUCUUCCCUGUCCUGGGUCCUGGCAGUCCUUCCCCCUGAGCAUCUGCUGAGUGCCCAGCAGUGGGUAAGACAGACAUGGGUUCUGCCAUGUCUGGUGGAAGGGAAUGGGCAGCUGAUCCGCAGACACAUUGUCAUAUAAUGUGGAGCAGGUGUGUUCAGGGACUUCUGCCCUAAGACCAGACCUGUUCCCAGGAGCUGGGCCAGGGCGGGUAGUGAAGAAGGGCAUCGGGCAGGUCUGUUCGAAAGAGAGCAGGCAGGCAUUCUUGGAAGUGGAGAAGGCGGUUCCUGGUUCCCGGUUCCAGGAGGACUUCCCUUCUGCCAGGAUCCUGGAGCCUAUCAGCUUCCCAUGUGGGGAUCUGUGGAAGGAAUGGCUGGGGGCUUCUGCCAGCCUCGGGGAUCUGCGGAAACAGCCCCUCUAUUGUUCUGCCUUCAGUCCGAGUGUGAGGGGCAGUGAGCAGCAGCGAGGGCCAGCAGCUGCUGCCCUGUCCCCUGGGGCUGCCUGGCUUUCAUAGCAGCGCCCCCAGGCCAGACUGGCCCCAGCUGCCCAGCCCCUAAUUAGGCAGAGAUGAGAUCUGCUCCCAGAUCUAUUUCCCAGCAGCUAAUUAUAUACACGUGGGCUUGGGAGCCAGCAAUCUGGCUGCUCACUUCUGUCGUGAAGGUGUGAUGGGCCCCUGGGAAAGGCACCUGUCCCCACCUGCCAGGCCUCAGCCAACCCUUUUGGCAGAGGAUGGGAUGUAGCUAGAGGGCCCUGUUCCUUACCCCGGUGAAAUGGUUUUGGUUUUGCUACUGCAGCAUUCAAGAGGACCAGGGAGAGGAGACACCCAUCCUGUCUGACAUCCUGUGUCCAGGGGAAGCAGGGAGGGACAGAGGAAUUAGUCUUGAGGUCCCUGACUCUAGAUCCUAGGGUAGGCGGACACAUAGGCAAGAGCAUGGUGAUAGCUGUCCUCCAGAAAGAUAUGAAAACAGCCUUAUAGUUGUGUGGGUCCUUCCAGGUCCAAGACAGAACACCCCAUUUAGAUUUUAAAAAAUAUUAUUUUUCAGAUAAUGCAUCCAUAUAUUUCCCCCAGCCCUUUAUUAAGAAAAGUUUCAAGCUUAAAGUUGAAAGAAUGAUACAGCAAACACUUAUCUACCCACCUACUGGAUGCCCAAUUCUUACUAUUUUGUUAGAUUUGCUUCAUCAGGCAUCUAUUCAUCUAUUAAGACAACUUAUUUUUUUGAAACUUGUCAAAGUAAGUUACAAGCUUUGGUACACUUCCCUUGAAAGGCAUUUUAGCAUGCAUAUCAUUAGCUAGAGUUCAAUAUGUGUUUACAGUUCAGUGUGUGUGUGUGUGUGUGUGUGUGUGUGUGUGUGUGUGUGUAAUUUACAUACUGUGAAAUGCACAGAUCUUAACGCUACCAUUUGCUGAGUUUAGACAAGUGCAUACUCUUUCCCAACCCCCAGUCAGGAUGUAGAGCAACUUUCCAUCACCAGGGAAAAUUCCCUCAUGUUUCUUCUCUGUCGAUUCCCAUCCCUAUCUCGUGGAUAUGUAUCUCUGUAUCUGUAUAAAUUAAGUAGUACUAAUAAAAAACAUUUCCUUGCUGUGUCCUUCCCCCUCCUGACCCCCAAAACAACUGCAUUGACUCUUUCAACUAUUUCUUCUGGUGCUUUCUUUCAUAUUUCUAGGUAAGAUGCUUUUCCUGUGGUUUUCUGGAUUAAUGUUAGGCAAAUAUUGCCUGAAAUCUUCAGUGUCACUUCUGUAGCCUGUCUGCCUGGGUUUGAAUCCCAGCUGUUCCCCUUACUGCCCAUGUGACCUCAGGCAGUGACUUAACCUCCUUGUGGUCAGUUGCCUCACUUGUAAAAUGAGAGUAAUAAGAAUAUUUAAGUUAUUGGAUUGUUAUGAGGGUUCAACAUGUAAAGUGCCUAGAAUAAUGCACCAGAAUAAUUACUCUGGAAGUGGUCAAAAAUAUUUCUUCUUUUUAUUAUUAUCAAGGAAGAGUUAACUAUUCUCACUCUCCUUCCCUUUCAAUCUAUGUUUAUCACUGUUUUUUUUUUAAGUUUAUUUAUUUAUUUUGAGAGAGAGACAGGGUGUGAACAGGGGAAGGGCAGAGAGAGAGGGAGGGAGAGAAACCCAAGCAGGUGCCGCACUAACACGGGGCUCGAGCUCAUGAACCAUGAUUCUGACCUGAGCCAAAAUCAAGAGUCGGACGCUUAACUGACUGAGCCACCUAGGUGCCCCUCACCAUUUUCUAUUAAGUGAAUAGCCAGUGUUAUUUAUACUGUAACUAUACAAAUGCUGUUUCCUGCUAACCCGAAUUGCAUAUGAUGGUUACAUUUCCUUUCUUGAGAAACUUUUGGUUUUUCCUGGAGUUACUACCUGCUUUGCUUUUCGUUCCCCUAAUUUCCUCAUAACCCAUACUUAAUUCUCUGACAUCCUCAAUGUCCCCAUGGUUACUCAUAGAAGGUAAUAUAUUGGUUCCAACUUCCUUCAAGUGCUCUUUCACAACCCCUCCCCCCAC